GAGCCCGUGUCCGUAUGAAUGAGCCCGCUGUAUGGCUGCAGCGCGUUAGCAGUGUUAGCAUCGUGGCGGAUUAAUCAGAGUUUUAUUAAUAUUUGCGGAGAUUUAUGGAUCAAUAAUCGAUCAUGGCGAAAUACAUGAGACCCCAGAACAGCUCUCUGUUCGUCAGGAACAUCUCAGACGACUUCCGGCCAGAAGACCUGCGGAGAGAGUUUGGUCGAUAUGGUCCCAUUACAGAUGUUUACAUUCCUCUGGAUUUCUACUCACGCCGACCCAGAGGAUUCGCAUACGUUCAGUUUGAGGACGUGCGGGACGCGGAGGAUGCCAUGCACAACCUGGACAGGAAGGUGGUCUGCGGUCGGCAGAUCGAGAUCCAGUUCGCACAGGGAGACCGAAAGACUCCAGGUCAGAUGAAGGCUAAAGAGCGUCGCUCCCCCUGCAGUUACUCCGACGGCCGCCGGAGACGCUCCCGCAGCCGGAGUUACGACAGGCGCAGUUCCCGCAGUCCGCCCAGCAGGGGGCGCUACAGGAAGUCCCGCAGCCCCAGAGAGUCCAGAGGCAGACAUUACAGCAGACGCAGCAGGAGCAGAGAGUAUGAGCGACGCAGAUCAUCUCGUGAUCAUCAUCGAUCUCGCCCAGACAGUCGCAGCCGCUCCGCCUCUCCUUCUGAGCCCCGCCCCAAACGGACUGAACGCCGGGGAUCCGGAGACCACCGCUCGCCCUCCGAGAGUCCGAGAGAGCAGACCGAUCCUGCGGACGGCCAGACCGGCGUCCAGGACUUAGAACCUCAGGAGACACAGCUUCCGUCUCUCACUCACUCUCGCUCGGCUUCUCGCUCCGCCUCCCGGUCCAGAUCGCGCUCGCGGUCCAGGUCCUGGGCUCGACGACAGUCUUGAGGAACUCUGGGUCGCCUGAAGAAGCAGGAGCAGCUCUUUAAAGCGAAAGUUUCACAAAAAAUCUACUUCUGCCAAAUGUAGUCGGACAAGACAUUCUGGGUGUCUGAAGUUUGCUUCUUUAGUUUAGAGCUAACGUAGCCAGCAAGUAAUGCAAGCUUAUUCCCCACCAGUAAAUAUUUAGCCGCCAGAAAACAGCAGCAACCACACAGGCUGAUGUUGCUAACAAGCCAUUUGCCACCAGUUAGCAAGGUGUUGUUUUCAUAAUGCUAACUGGUUGUUGUUUUAUGGCAACAUUUGGCGUGUGAAGUUUGUGUUAUUAGGUUUAGAACUGGAGCUACGAGGCUAAUGUAGCUAACAUGGAGGCUAGUAUGUUUUUAGCCUUUAGCAGCCUACAUCUUCACACAAUUGCACCAAACAGUGGCAGGUUGUCGUCUCGCCUUCCUGUCCUGUGCAUUGCAGUGUUUUCCUGCUAAAGUAACAGCUCAACCACACGGGCUAAUAUUGGUAACAAACCAGUCGCCACCAGUGUCAUUUUGUCAUCAGUGUAGCAUGGUGUCGUUUUCAUAAUGCUAACUAAUGGCUAAUUUAUAGCAACUUUAACAUUUGGUGUCUGAAGUUUGCUUCUUAAGCUUUAGCACCAAAUCUCUGAGGUUAAUCUAGCUAACAAGUAAUGGAAGCUUAAACUGUGUCAAGUCAGCAAAGUUCUGACUUCAGGCUGUUUAGCUUUGCUAACGUACUUUAGUCCAUGUUUAUAGGUAACAGUGAGUCAUACAGAGUCAGAAACCACACAGUCAGGUCUGUUAGAGACACUGAGCACCUCCACACACUCUGCGGAGAUUCAGGCAUGCUAAUAGGUGGAGUAUACGCUGCCAUUACUUGUUAGCUACAUUUAGCCUUGUAGGUAGGGAUUUACAGGAUUUAGCCCAGAUCUUAGAGCGGUACCACUUUAGAGUAAGACUUCCCUUAUAGAGGAUUUGUGAAUGGUUUUAAAGUAGUUUUUUAAUGGUUAUUAAUUAGGUCUUGAACACCUUAAUAAGUAAAAAUAAACAGUUAUAACAGUCUAAUAAAAAGGGCAAAAGUUUGCCCCGAUGACUGAUGAAAAAGACAAAGUUAGAUUAAUAACCAGCAACAUCUGAGCUUUCACAGCAUAGAUGAAUGUGUGUUCAUUAUUAGGCAGACAGCAGCUCUCUUUUUCCGUUUUUAUUUACGUGGCUUAUUAAUGAUUUUUAAAGGUAUGUAUGUCCUAAUUAAUAACCAUUAAUAUACGUAUUUUAAACCAUUCGUGAGCCCUUUAUAAGGGUAGUCUUAUUCUAAAGCUGUACCCUGAUAGUAUCGGCUGAUACUGAGUACCAAUACCUAUAAUAACUCUAAAGUAUCUGCCAAUAACAAUAACUCUGACAUAACUGGUUUAUAAAUGCUGAUAUUUGCACAACUCCACUUUCAAUUUCAAUUUUUAAAUGUGGUGUUUUGGUGGUGUCUCCCACAUAAAACAUGCUAAUCUUGAAUUAAUGGUUUACAGGUAAGAUAACUUCAUAUUUGAGAGGUUUCAGAGCUGUGAAAAGUCUCUGAGCUCUUUAGCUCGUAUUAUAUUUCAAUACUUGUGACUUCAGUACUGUGGCUGAUUUUUCCUCCUCUCUGCAGUUCCGCUGUUAUUGAUCUUACAGUCAGGAUUUUCACUUUUGCUCGUCUCAAAUGUGAAAUAAUCAGAUGUCUUUACAGUGGUGGUGAUAGGAACCAGGGGUCGCCAUGACAACAACACAAAUAUAGACAUUUUAUUUACUAUCCAGAACCACCAGUGAACCUACACAAGUCUUCUGAGUUUAUAUGGAAUGUUGAUGAUGGAAAAUAGUGGAAAAUCUGAAAUAAUAAGUUUUCUUUGGGGACUAUUUUGCCUCACAGUGCCCUGCAUGUAUCCCUCCACCAUGAAUGGAGUUUAAGUUCUCUAAACUAUCAUAAAACAGUGUCUCAGUCAUCAGGCAGUGAAUUCAUAACCAUUUCAUGUAGGAACUUUCUGUGAGGGAGCUUUUAGAGGGGGGCGUCUGGUUCCUAUCACCACCACUGUGAACAGUUCUGACUCUGUGAGUUUUCUGGAACAUCACACCAAAUGACUUUGUCACUUUCGCCAAUUCUCAUCGCUCCAGUGUUAAAACCAAAGAAGCAAACCUCAGACACCGAACAUGUCUUAGCAGAUCAGAGCAUUUGAGCCGAGUGGAGGGAGGUUGGGGGGGAUCUAGCUGAACUAUCGCUUUAAAACUGGCCUAAUGUGAUCUUGGCGGUUGGUGGGGGCUCCUCCUGCUCUGCUGCAGCGCAAUAACGACGAGCUGGAGGACUCAGCCAGUUACAUAUGAUCUCGUUUGAGGAAGUUAGUUUUUGUUUUUUUUGUUUUUGUGUUUGUUUUAUGAUUUUAUAGGACGAUUAAAGAAAAGCGGUUCAACGUUUCACUGUUGCUGACGGUGAGAAAAGCAUCCAUGCUGGUGUGAAAGUGUGGAAAGGAAAGGUGCUUCUGUGUGAUUCAGCAUUUCUGGAGUUUGUUUACUUUCUAUUCAUGUGGAGCUGCAGUUCAAAUGUGCAUGAAGUAACAUUUUUAUAAUGAAAUGUGCGAUUAGAGUCCUGAAUUAAACGAGCAAAGGAAAGUGGCUGGUGUUUACUGGUUUAUACUAGUGUUGACUGGUUAUUGCUGGUAUUUACUGGUGUUGUUACAGACAGCACAGAGAGCUGAACCAGCCUGAACAUCCGUAUGUGAGGUUUCUGCGAGUUUGCGAUCAUGAUGGAAGCAGAACUGGCCCGUUAGAACCUUUGCGGAGUUCAGAACCAGCAGCUUCUUUUUUAUUUUUGUAUCUUGACCGUGUUUGUCCAGUACUGAGGUUCCACUUUCUUACUGUACCAUUUGUGAUUCCGUUGUACAGCUUCGAGCUCAGAUGUUUGUCUGUGAAUGAGAGUUUUUACGCUCAGUAGAGAAAUAAAAGGAAGUGUUUUCAACUUAAA